UGAAGCGUUGAUGUUUUGAAAAUGCUUCCUGUUUUCAUGCAAGCUUCUUUUAGCAGUAGAGAAAAAGGUUAUUUUUCAAAUAUCUGAACAUGGCUUGAUGAUUGAGGAAGAAAUCUGUUGUGUCUUUUGAGAGACAGAGGUCGUCAAUCUUGUUUGAACUAGUUUGAUUUCGUAUUUGAAACAAAUUAUUCUGUGGUAAAGAAAUAAAAACAACAGAAUUAAGUUUCAGUGUUGAAAUUAAGUUGAUUAGGAAGAAAGUGAAGAAAAAAAAUAAAGAAGAAGAAAAGAAAAGAAGAGAAAAGAUGCGACCAGUAAAUUAGAAAGACAUUAGAUGGUAAAGAAGAAAAAUAAGCACUCCGGAUGAGUGCACUUAAUUUGUUCGAAUAAUUUUCAUACUUCGUGAAUUCGAACAAACCUUUGCGUAUGAUGUCAUAUUGCAGUAAAGAAAGCCGAAGGAGAGCUGAAGAAGAAAUAUGGCGGCAAGGUAAUGAUGAUGAUCUUCCAGAUUAUGACCUAACUGAACAAGUGCUCCGCUUACAGCAACAAGCACAAAAUAUAUGUCCAACUGAUUACACACCAUUUGCAAGUCUUCCACAAGAUCAAAACUUUUGUCCACUGUUGUAUCAACCAGAUCUUCUCGAACCCGGAUUAUACCAAAACGGGUACGAAUCUAGCUCACCCGAUUUUUCGCCGCGCAGUCAAGCACAACACUCUCGUUUUUUUCCAACGGAGAAUUUGCAUUGUCAUCAAGAAUUUAAUCCAGGUCUGGUUGAUUUUUUCGGAGAGCAGUUCACAGGGAUGGAAGAUACGUUUCGGUCUGCCCUAAUGCAAUAUUUUUCUCAGGUCGAUCAUGAAAAGCAAGGAUUAACUGCAGAUCUACAGAAAAUUAAAGAAGAUUUUCGAAAGUACGAAGAAGAAGGAAAACGCUUUAAAGUUGAUAGUAUCCAGAAAGGGAAAAUCAUACGGAAGCUGACAGAGAAUGGAAAAUUAUUCGUUAAGGAAAUUGAACGACUUAAAGAUGAAUUGCGCGAAACUGAGCUACAAAGAAGACAACUAGUAGCUGAAAACAACGAUCUGGAAAAGAGAGUACAAUAUGAAGGCAAUGCUAUACCUCAGCUGGAAAAACAGUUAAAAUGUUUGUCUGAAGAGAAUCAGUAUUUGAAGCUUUUAGCUGAUGAUACCAAAAAAUUGAGCCAACAAGAAAAGGAGAUCGAAUCGUAUGCGGAAAAACUUGAACAACAACGUCAGAUCAAUCAACAACAAAGACACAAUCUGCAGAAACAUGAAUAUGCCAUUAAAAAGUUAUCAAAAAUAAAUGGUGAAUUAUGUUUGAAGAUUAACCAGUUAUCACAAUACAAGGACGUCAAUGAAACUUUGCAUGAAGCACAAGAAAUGCUUGCUGAAACUCGACAAAAACACGAGAGUUUGCAGUUUGAAUAUAAAAAGUUACAAUUCGAAUGUCAACAAAGAGAAGCAAAAGAGGACCAACUCAGAAAGUCGUUAGAGAGUUUUGAACAGGAGAUGAAAAUGUGUAGGGAAGAUAAUCAAAAACUGACAAUAAGGUGCGAGCACUUAAAUCGAGAUUGCGAGGGAAAGGAUAAUUUUAUCCAAACGAUGGAGAGACGUUUAAAGGAAUCCCAUUUGCAUCAUGAUGAAGACAGGAAGGAAUUGGAUGAAAAAGAAAUCACUUGCAGAAAUUUGGAAGAAGAAAUUGCAAACUUGCAGCAGGAGGUGUCGUCUUUGAGAAAUGAAAUUAAAAUGGCUAAUAUGAAAUCAGACGCUCUGGUAUAUGAAGAUGAACUCCGAAACAGAGAUUUUGAAAAAUUAAACAAAGAAUUGAUUGAAUCAGAAAAGAUGUGUCGAGAGUAUGUAGAAAAAGAAAAGCGGUACAAAGAUGAUAUCUCAGAAUCAAAGGCCAUGAUUGACUUACUCACCCAAACAGAAGAAAGAUAUAAAAGACAGUUAAAGGAAUUACAAAAAGAGUUGCAAGACUCGUUAGAUUACUCGAAAAAACUAGAACUUCGUCAUGAAGAACAAGUUACUCGAGAGAAAAAACUCGAAAACGAAAUUUUAACCCAUGUUAAAACGCAAAGCGAGAUGGAACAAGAAAUCGCAAUAACGUACAACACGAUCGAAACGUUACGAAAAAGUAACGAAAGCUGCAACGAUCAGCGGGUCAAAGUACAGCAAGAACUUGUUUUAGUCGAGGACCGUUUAUCGACACUUGAACACAAACCAACCGCAAACGAAAUAGCAUUUGAAAAAGAGUUAAAAGAACUAAAGAAAAAAUAUGAGAAUUGCGAAAACCAGCGGAACCGCCUUCAAAAGGAAAUAUUAAUUGUACAAGAAAAACUGAGUGUAACAGAAAACACAAAACCGUUGAUUCAUGACGUUGAGAGAGAAUUGAAGAAAUACAAAACUGAAUGUGACAGACUUAAAGAAGAAUUGAUUGAAUCUAAAAAUAAACUCGAAAGCUACAAAAAUAAAUUGAAGUCGUUUGAGGAAAAUUCUUUCGUAUGUUGUUCAAGCGUUGACGAAUGGAAAGUAGAUUUGGAAUUCAGUCUUCCAGAUGGACCGCGUCAGCAUUCAGAGUUGAAUAAAAAUCACGCAAAGCCUCUCAAUAGUGAUAUAAAAAAGAACAUUUGUGCAAAUUGUAAGAAUGAAUUAAAAAACAGUGACGACACAAGCGGUAGGGAGAUCAAAGAAUAUCAAAACAUGAAAAUAGAAUCAACAAAUAAAACUAUAUUAAUCAAUAAAUUGCAGAAUGAUAUUAAUAAUAAAGAAGGCACUAUUCAAAUCAUGAAUCGGCAAAUUAACCAACUUGAAAAAGACCUUCACGAUGUUGUUGAUGAAUUAUCACAGCUAAGGCAAUCUUAUGAAACUUGUCAGGAAGAUCUGCAAGAUAAAGACUUUAACAUAUCAGAUUUGAAACACAAUCUAAAUCAGUUGGAGCUGAAUCUAAAAGAUAAAGACAAUUUAGUGGGGGAUUUGGAAGAGUUGGUUGAUGAACUUCAAAGGGAGUUGGAUAAAUUAUCAAACAACCACGAAGAAGAGCUAAAUGGAGUGCAAAAAGAUUUAAGUGACAAAAAUAAACUAAUUGAAAAUUUAGAAAAGGUUAUUGAAGAGUUGCAUAUUAAUUUUGAUGAAACAGCGAGGGCGAAGGAAGACCAGAAAGUAUUGCAAAUUCGAGAAAUCGAGGAAUACUCUUUAACAUUAAAUCAAGAAUUGCAAAACAAGAAUAUUGUCAUAAAUGAGCUAGAAGCUCGAUGCCAAAAACUGCAAAGUGAGAAAGCUGCCAAGGAGAAUGAAGUUGAAAAUCUUUGCAGAGGGAUUGAAAAAUUAAAAGAGACUACAGAAUUAUCGAAGACAUCUACAGAUGAGAGUGAAUAUAAACAGUUCCAGAAGGAAAGAAUUGAAGCUCUAGAAGAAGCGUUGCUGGAAAAAGAUAAGCGGCUAGGUUCUUUACAAAGCAUUGAAACAUUGGGUCACGAAAAACUUACUAAUAAGUCUCACUCAGUUGAACUUUAUGAAGAAAAAAUAAAAAAUAAAGAUUUGAAAAUACAGCAGCUGGAGUUAGAAAACCAAACAAUUUCGGAUCGACUGCGACAACUAAAAAGCCCAUCAAAUGUACUAUCACCAUCAAAAGUAAUAGAUUAUUCAUUUGAAGAUGAAAAUGUCGUAAGUAAGGAGAAAUACCUCGAUAUAGUUGACCGCUUAGAAGAAAAAAAGAAUAUUAUCAUCGAAUUGCAAGAUUUGCUACAAUUAUUUCAACAAGAAGUUGACGAGGCAUCUUCACUGCAAUUGGAGCUGCAAGUGGACGUCAUCAAAAAACCGGAGUGCAGGCAACAAUUGCAGUUGCCAAAGCCAUUACCAUCAAAUCAAACCAAAACCAACAAUCAGCGUCGAUCUUCUCUCCCACCAAUUCCAGGCAGUCAUUCACCACAACUUUUUUCGUCACGACCACUUUCUUCAAACAGUGAUAGAGUGAUUACUAGACCACCUUCUCACAACUCAUCGCGCAAUCAACAAGGACAAGAAACACUAGAUAAAAUGCCGAAAGAAUUGAAUAAUUUAAGUUCUGAUAAUUUAAGAAAGAAACUUGUAAAGUUGAAUACAGAAUUGCUGCAGAAGAAGUUAGAUAUCAGCGCACUUGAAGAAGAAUUGAAAGUUUCAAAACGAAAACAAGUGAGAACAGACGAGCUAUACAGGAAUGUUGUUGCUAAAAAUGAAAGUUUGGAGCAUGAGAUUCUCGAAAAUCGACGCAAGAUACGCGACGUUCAAAACAAACAAAAUGUUACAGAAGUGUAUGAAACGCAAGUGUAUGGUAUGAAGAAAGAUAUGAAAGAAAUUGAACGAAGUUUUGAUACCGUUCUGCGCGAGAAUCACUUGAUUUCUAACGAAAUAAAAGACAAAGAUGAGGAAGUUUCAUCUUUAGAAAGAAGGUUAGGAGAAGCUGACCAAGAAAUAAAUCAUUGGAAACAUCAUGUUGGAGUAUUAGAAAAAGAAUGCCAGACGUUGACAUCCAACAUCGAAGAAAUGAGAAAUGAAAUCGGAAUGCAACAGAAUACCAUCCAGGAUUUAAAAGUUGACUUUAAUAUUGUAGAAAAAGAAAGAGAAUCGUGGAAAGAAAAUGCACAAAAACACGAAUAUAUCCAUGAAGAUACUAGACGUCAAAAUAAAACGCUUCAAGAUGAAAUACUUCAGAAGAUGAAGAUCAUUGACAAGCAAAGAGAACAGUUGAAUGCAACAGAACAAGAAAGGGAAAUAUUUGAAUACAAAGUAAAAGAAAAUGAGGCAGAAAUGGACGAAAUGCUGCAAAAAAUAACUCAUGCUGAAGCUGAAAAUAUUGAAUUAUUGAAAGUAAAUGAGAAUUUACGAAAGGAGUUGCAUAGUAAUCAUCAGAAGCAGGAGGAGGUGAAGUCAGAAAAAGACAUAGCCCUUCAUAACACAAAAUACUUGGAGAGUAAAAUUGGGGAUCUAAAGCAAAAGUUAAAAGCAAAAGAUGAAAAAAUAAACAAAUAUAGAGAAAACAUUGAUGGAAACGAUGAACAAAUUUCAAAUAUAAUGAAAGAGAUUAGUGCUUCCAAUUUUGAGGUCCAACAAUUAACUAAAGAGCUUGAGAAGGAAAAGGAGAAUAUCCUACGAUUAGAGCGAUUAAACGAUGAUAUGAACAAAGAAAACAAACGAUUGAUGCAUGAAUUAAUCAGCUUACAAGAUAGAUUAAAAACUGCAAACGAAGAAAACACAAUUCGUCGUGAGAAGGUGACCAAGCUAGAACAUGAACAAUCCGAUUUGGAUAACUUGUUGCUGAAGACACAAAAAUCAAAUAGCGAAUUGCUGCACGCGAAUAAGCAGAUUAAUGAUGAGAUGAGAACGAUCAAAGAGAAUGUUGCCAAAUUAGAAAAUGAAUUAGAAAAUAAAGAUAUCGUGAAAAACGAGUUGGAAAGGCAACUUCAAACAUCACAAAGAGAACUAGAUAUGGCCACUGAAAAGCUGGGUUGCGAUAAUCAAAGCUUACUACAAGAACUUCAUGAAGCACGACGAGUUAUUACUGAAAUGGAAGCUAUUUUAGAUCAAGGGCAGCUAGAUUUUGACGAAAUGGAUGUGGAAUUGGAUAGAUACCGACGAGAAAAUAUUGAAUUGGAUCGGAAAUUACACGAGGUGUUAAAACAACAGAUAGCCUUACAAAGUGAGCAAGAAGAAUCGCAAAGAAGGAUUACAUCCUUAACAGAUCAAAUCCAUAUUCUGCAGGAUGAAAUAGAAAACAAAAAGAAAGAACAAGAAAUGUGCUCAAAAGAUAAAGAAGAUGUUGAAGAAUUGCUGCAUGAAUGUAAGACCAGAGAAGAUUAUUUUGAAGAAAGAUUAAGAGGGCUCGAAAAGACGUUAAAUUCAAAAGAAGAAACUCUGGUAACGGAAAGAAAAGAAAAGGGAAAGUUGCAGGAUGACGUGGUGAAGCUACAAGCAGAGCUUAUUGAGACCAAAACGCGCGUAGACAAGUUGCGAAACGAGAAGGACAUUAUACAGAAAAAUCUGUCUGAUAAGAAAAAGGAAUUAGAGGUAUUUGAAAAAUCAGAAAAAUGUUUGUUGUUGGAGAGAGAAGAUGUGAGAGAAAAAUUAGAUGAGCAAAGUAGAAUGCUGUCAGAGUAUGUCAAACAAAUCAGCUGGCUGAAGAAAGAAAAAGAUGACACUGAAGGACAAUACCACGAGGUUAAUUUGCAGCUGCAAGUCGUUGAGCAGGAAUUGGAGGAGGAGAAGAUGAAAAGACACAAUGACCAUGAAGAGUUAUUGACACAAAUAUCUAAUCUUAAACGCGAUCUUAAUGAAAAGGAAAUUGUGAAUGAAAAGAACUCCUACCAACAGAUAACAUCUGAUUCAGAUUUAAAAACAGCAGUGGAGAAUAACAUCAAACUGCAGCAAGAAAUAGAGCAAUUGGAAUAUGACAAAUCAGCUGAAAGAGAAAAAUUGCUGGAAACAAUUAGUGAUUUUAAAGAACAGAUCAAACUUAUUGAGCAUGAUAAAUCACAAGAAUUUCUUCAAAUCAAAGCAACAAUGGAAGCAUUAGAAGAUUCACGAGGAAAGGAUAUAACGUUGCUGAAGUCAAAAUUACAGGAAGUAAAUGAGUUGAAACACCAACUGGAUCUCGAACAGUCGUCGAAAAAUGAAAAAGAUACAGAAAUUGAAGCCCUUAAAGAAGAUAUUAUACAACUUCAAACAACGUUAAAUCUGGCAGAAGCAAGAAACAAAGAAAUAAUGGACGAAAUAGAUGAAAGUAAAGCACAUAUUAAUUACUUGGAAAAAAAUAAGCAUGAAAUUGAGGGUACCAAAAAAAAUCUUUUGGAAAACAUUAAAUCCACUGAAGAUUCUUUGAAGAUUCUGAAACAGCAGAACGAUCUCCACCAAGCAGAAAAACAGCGCUUGCUAACUGAGAAGGAAGGGCUGCAGACAUCCUUCGACCAAAUGCUGCAGGCUAAGCGAACAGAAUAUCAAAGACACGAGGAAGUAAUUUCAGCAUUGAGAAAGGAACUGGUAACAUUCAAAGGUAUAAAAGAAGAAAACGAGAAUCUAAAAAGUGAUUUGGAAGCCUUAUUAAGCGAGCGCCAGGAAUUACAAAGUCAUCGUGGUGAGAAUUCACAAUUACGUUCAGAGAACUUCAAUUUGCGAACACAAGCAGACCGCGUUCGAAACCUACUAGACGAAAACAGAAACUUGUCGCAAAGCUUGGUGGAGAUUAAAAGAAAACACGCUGAAGAAGUCGAACGGUCUAGUCGCGAGAACAUGACGUUACGAAGAAAUGUUGAUGAUCUUUUCAAGCGAAACCAAGAUUUGGAGUUACGUAACGCAAUUGCGGUACAAACAAAACCGAUCAACGUUUCUUUUGAAACAUCGCAGCAAAGAGAUACCUUCGGAAGGACCAAACUGAAUAACGUUCCUUUUGAAACAUCGCAGCAAAAAGAUAACUUUGGAUGGACCAAACCAAAAUCUGCAUCAAUAAAUAACAUUCAUGAUGCUGGAUUUGGUAUGGAGGCUUUCUCUCCUAUAGAAAAUGGAGUUGCUACUAGUACACCGACGCAAGAGAGCCAUAGAAUUACUCAAUCAAUUCUAACAAGCAAAGCUUCUUCGAUGGAAAGAAUUAACACAAAUCAACAGAGCAAAGCCAUGAGUAUGGAACAUCUGCCUCAAAAAGAUCAAUCAUUUGACGGUUCAUUAUCAUCUCGUAGGGAAAACCAAUUAGCAACUGGACCAUUAGUAAAAUCAAAAACAGUACAUGGAUCGUUAAUUGAGAUACAUGGUCGCAAACCUGAUGCAAGUUGGAACCAGCCACAGCCAGAAAAUCAAUCAUCUUCUAUUAAAUCAAAUAUAUUCUUUGAAUUGGAUCGAACCGUAGCAGCAAAGUCGAAGUGGAAAUCUGCCGUCACGUCAAAUAAAACAACACUUAGCAACGUCUCUUCGCCAACAAAGACGCCACAACAACAACGCACGGGCGGCAUAUUUAAGUUUGACAUGCGUCCACGAUCGACGGAUAUUCCUGACGUCGAUAGGGGUACGUCGCACGUCGCAGCUGCGUCUCCCAGUGGACAAGUCGGCAUUGGGAAUGAAUAUGUGAAUCGAAUCAAAGCAAAUUUUGAAAAAUCAUUAUAAGACAGUGCUGGAAAAUGUUUUUCGAAUUAACCUGUGUUAAUCAGUGUAAGAGACUGCAAAUGUCUGUAAGAAACUUGAUUGUGCCGUGAAUAUUACUUAAGUAUGACGCACCCACCAAACUAAUUUUAGAUGCUUUCCUAAACUCGACUUCUUACAAAACAGAAUGACAAAACUUCAAAUUAAAUUUUAUGACUUUUUGUACAAAUUUUAAUAAUCUAGGUGUUGCUUUUAUGUUUUGUAAAUUUUCGAACUUUUUGAUAAAUAUAUUACUAUUAA